AUGUCGCCCGAGAGAGGCACCGCGCCUGCUGCUGCUCCUCGAGGUAAACGGCGGUCCUAUCAUGCCUGUCUCAAUUGCCGGCGCAAGAAGACCCGGUGUCCGGGCGAGAAGCCGUCAUGCUCAAGUUGCGAUGAGAGGCUGCAGAGCCUCGAAGAGAAGCUGGAUCUUCUCCUCAGCGGAGGAGCCCUGGCGAAGCAUCCGAGGUACCAGGGCCAACAACAAGCAAACGAGGACGGAAGCACGUCGCCGCCCGAGGAGUCCUUCUCCGUCUCGCCGCCGCCGCGAGACGCCGCCAACUUCCCGACAACGAAUCCAUUUCCCACCAUGUUCGACCCGGACCUGGCCAACCUGCGGCCAGGGCGAUCCGACAUGGCCAACGGCAUCAACCUCUAUUUCAAGUUCUGUCACAGGCAGCCCAUCUGGUGUUUUGAGCGUGACGAGGUUUCGGAUUAUGGCUCUCUGCCGGAGGAGCUCGCCUGCAGCAUCCUGGCUGUGACGUCGCGCUUCUCUCAGAAAUGCGACCAUCUCCACCUCUACGGCAACAACGCAAAGACGCUGAUCAUGCUGCGCAUCGCCAAUGGGUCUGUCGAUUUGACGACCAUCGAAAGCCUCUGUCUUUUGUCCUAUGCUGCAUUUAUAGACGGGAACGUUCAUCUUGGGCAGUUUCACCUGGGUCUUGCAUUCCAACUUUGUAGAUCUGCCAUGCUGGAUACGGAGUCGGUAUACCUGGUUCGAGACGCCAUCACGGAGCGAAAGAAGCGGUUGUUUUGGAGCCUUCAGCUUCUUGAACAGUCCUACGGCCGACAAGAUGGCCUUUUGAGCGUCCCGACGGAUAUUUGGCAGCCGGCGUUUCACUCCACGGGCGAGAAGCAAAAAGAACCCAAGUCGAAGGUUCCGCCAUUACCAAAAGACGAACUCGGAACCACGAGGCCCAGCGAGCCGGGCAUCUGGAACACCAGCGUCCACCUAGGCUGGGUCUGGAGCCAGGUCAGAAAAUACGUGUCCGACUGCUCCCACAACAUUCUGCAGGAGCCCUGGCGACACGAUUCGACCUAUGCCAAGGUUCUGUCCGACUUUAUGGAGACGGAGAACAGGAUCCCCAUGUGUCAUCGAUACGACUCAGUCAAGUUUUAUGAGCGCAAGGUCGAGGAGCUCAAGAUGAACCGCGACUAUUGGGCGCCGUGGCUGAAGGAACAGUUCACGUACCACGUCAUUCCCACGGUCCUCAACCAUCCCUUUCUCUACAUCAUUGGAGCGCAGCACAACCCCAACCUAGGCAUCCCCAACACCUUUUGGCGACGUUCAUCCGAGCAAGCCUUGCUUCACGCCACGUGGAUUGUCCGGAUGAUCGACAUGGUAGUCGAUAAACAAGUCGCUCUGGUCGACCCGUUCUUCGGGCAUGCCGCCGCCAUUGCGGCAACAGUGCAUCUGUAUUACUGCUGCGCGGCGGCGGCCAGGUUGAAGCACAAGUCAAACACAGACUUUGCCAAGUGCAGGAGAUUUCUGAAGAGCUUCAUCCCUUGUUCCGCUGCCUGCGGCGCCCUCGACCGUGACCUUGAUAGGAUGACACGCAUCGCAGCUGGGUCGGAAACAAUGGAUGUCGAAGACUGGAUGCCGUCGAGAAUUUAUCUCAGCGUGCCGUUGAUGUGGAGAAUUCUACAGUUCAACUCGACGACCGACGCCCAAGGUAUCUCAACUUCUGGCCUCCUGGCCGAUUCGCUCACAACCGCCCUGCGGCAGGAUGAAGACGAUGAGAACUCUACACUUGAGAUCGUGGUGGCAACAUCGCCCGAGAUAUCCAUCAACACGGCCGACGGUGGGCAAGACUCUCCGACCUUAUCAUUCAAGGCACCGGUCAAUCCCGGCCUGCAUCCUCCACAGGUGGCGCCCUAUGAUCCGCCAACCGUGGAGCAGAUUGACAGUCUGACUUUCAACACCACGCCGUGGCUGUACGCGGACUCUUCCCAGCUUUUCAGCAUUGGAGACAUUGGCUACAACCAAUCCGAGCCAGGAAAUGCGUGGUGGGAGGACGAAAACUUUGACAAUAUCAUGUUCAAUCACUUUUAG